AUGCCCUUCAGACUGAACAUGCUAGGCCUGGCGUUGGCCCUGGUCCCCUUUGUCAGUGCUGCAUUCGAUUCAAGUUCGUCCUCAAACAUCGCUGUAUACUGGGGACAAAACUCGUAUGGCCAAGGCACCGGCGCUUUUGUGCAGCGCAAUCUCGCCUAUUACUGCUCGAAUACUGAAAUCAACGUGAGUCUGAUCACGCCCAUGGGGUGCGUUAUUAUCCCUCUUGCCUUCAUGAACGGCAUUACUCCUCCUAUCACAAACUUCGCCAACGCUGGAGACAACUGCACCGCAUUUAAUUGCGUGGGCCACCCCUCAUCACCAUUCAUGCCCUCACUAAUCGCUGCUCCAUGUAGCAAUGACAUCAAGACAUGCCAAAAGACCUAUGGCAAGACGAUCCUACUGUCACUCGGGGGUGCCACCUAUACCCAGGGAGGAUGGUCGUCCACCACCGAGGCUCAAAACGCGGCACAGGCAGUGUGGAACAUGUUUGGCCCUUCAACGAAUGCACAAGUUGACCGUCCCUUUGGCGACGCUGUCGUUGAUGGUUUUGAUUUCGACUUCGAGGCAACAACCAAUAAUCUCCCAGCAUUCGGCGCAAAGCUUCGCAGCCUGAUGGAUGCCGCUGGUGGCAAAAAGUACUACCUGUCUGCUGCCCCCCAGUGUGUGUUUCCCGACGCUGCCAACGGUGCAACACUCAACGCUGUCCCAUUUGACCUGGUGAUGGUGCAGUUCUAUAAUAAUUGGUGCCAAACCACCAACUUCCAGGCCGGUUCGGCCACCCAGAAUGCCUUCAAUUUCGAUGUGUGGGAUAAAUGGGCCAAGACCAGCCCAAAUCCCAACGUCAAGGUCUUUUUGGGCAUUCCAGCCAAUGCGGGCGCUGCUGGCUCUGGCUAUGCAAGUGGGUCCCAGCUUCAGGCAGCGAUUGCUUAUUCAAAGCAAUAUACCAACUUUGGAGGAGUCAUGAUGUGGGACAUGUCGCAGCUUUAUGCCAACAGCGGUUUCCUUGACCAGGUUGUCAGUGACCUCGCUGUCACUAUCUCUCCGGUUACGACUACAACUACAGUCCGACUUCGAGCGGAGGCCUAG